GUGGCGCUAGUGCGUGUUAUCGACAUCUACUUUCGGAAAAGGACCUAGGAUAAUAAAAUAAAAAAACAAAAAAUGGACGUUACUUUAUUAAUUUCUUUCGCUGUCUUAAUUAUUGCACUGAUUAUCGGUAUUACAGUGUUUUUAGGUCAAAAAUCCGCAAAGAAAAAACCAACGAAUCUAGCUGAAAGAGUUGCACAAGGUAGACUAAUAAGACGAGCAGCGGGUCAAAGAAAUGCUAGACGUCGUAUGCAAGCAACUAUCAGCCAACAAAUCGAGGAAGAUGACAGUGGAUCUGGAAAUGAAGCUAAUGAUGAGGCAGAUGAAAAGCCAAUCACACCUGAUUUCAAAAUGGGUGCAAAAAAGAGAGCAAAAUUGGCAGCUAAAUCAGAAAAGAGAGCCCAAAGAGAAAUUGCUGAAAAAGAAAGGGAAGAACGUAAGAAGAAAGAACAACUUCUUCAAGAGGAAAGAGAUAAACAAUCUGAGAGAGAGCGAGCAGAAGAGUUAAAGCAAGAGGAGGCAGAGAGGAAAGCAAGAGAAGAGAAGGAAAGGAAGGAAUAUGAAGAAUAUUUAAAAAUGAAACAAGCAUUUAGUGUAGAAGAAGAAGGCUAUGAUCAGGAGGACAAUGAAGACGAAGAAAAUUUAUUACAAGAAUUUAUUCAAUACAUUAAGCAAAACAAAGUUGUAAUUCUAGAAGAUUUGGCAGCACACUUUGGCUUAAAGGCAACAAGUAUAGUAGAAAGAAUUCAGGAUUUACAAGCAAGUGAAAGUUUAACUGGAGUUAUUGAUGAUAGAGGAAAAUUCAUUUACAUAUCUCAGGAGGAGCUCGAAGCUGUGGCAAAAUUUGUCAGGCAACGUGGUAGAGUCAGCAUCACUGAACUGGCAGAAAAUUCAAAUCGUUUGAUUAAUCUGAAUCCAGGAAAACAAACAAGCACGGUAGAAGCUAGAUAGAUAUGUAUAAAAUAAGAAUAUUUUCAUAAAUUUAUUUUUAUCAAUUUAUAUGAAUCAUUUUUGAAUUCAAAAAAGAUUUGGAUACAGAGUAAAAUUUUAUUUAUGUUUUAUAAAUUGUAUAUUUUAUUUAUCUGUAAAUAACACAUUUAUAAAAUAUAAUUCUUAUUGCCGUUGAAUAACUUUUGAUAAAUUAUAUUUAACAUUCAGGGCGUCAUCAGAACAUAGUUUUAAUAGUAUCGAUGAUUCGAAAUUGGUAUCAGCAAUUUCUUUCCUGAAAUUUAGCUAUUCCGAAAACAUAUUCAUUACAAUUACAAUUCACAUUUGCAUAUUAUUAAAGAUCAGUAAUUAAAAUAAAAAUAUGUGAAAUCAAAGCUUUUUCUCAUUGAUAUUCGUAUUCAAAAAAUUUCGAUGGUUUGAAAGCAACAAAUCUGAUGACACCAAGGAUCAAUGUUGCAUCAGAUUCUAGUUUUCAUGUAAAUGCAAGUUACGUGCGUUAUUUUUUAUUUUUUCUUGAAUGUAUAAUUUAUGUCGUCAAACUGGGUGUUGCCGCCAACUUUAAUUCUCGGUAAUAAUCACUAGGUAAUCAUUAAUUAGAAGGAUUAGAAGAAUGAGCUAUAAUUAAAUUUAUCUUGUGCGGAUAGCUUCAUGAAUGGAUCAACGUUGGUCUGUAAAAGAUUGAUGUACUGUUGAUUUAUGGUAACGACGACUAGCAACACUUGACGACCAUUAAGUGUCCCAUUUUUCACCCUAAAAUUAGUUCAGGAGAUGCGAGAGCUCUUUCUGAAAUUUUUCCAAGCCCAAAAACAACUUGCAGUUUGUUUUAGAACGAAUGACAAUGAUCCUACGACUAAAUACGAUCCAAAUGAUAAUAUUUUUAUUGGCGAAAAGGAUUAUGGUCCUAACAUUUUACAUUUUACAUUUACAAUUCCUCGAAGUUUCCCCGCGUGAUACAAAAACAUAUUAUUCUUUUUAAGAGUUUGAUAUUUCUCCUUGCAAAAUAAUCGCAUCGUCUGAAAUUAAAUCUGAUUCAUGUUUGCGCAUGAUCCAGAAAAAUUCCAAGAAUAAGUUUUUUCCUGUAUGAAUAACAACUGAAUCUACUAAUUUAUGUACAUUAUUAAUAAGUUUACUACGAUGUGAAAUCUAUUAAAAAUUCCGUCGUUGAUGAUUGGGAAGAAUCAAGAUCGAUCCCCACUUCGAUAUUGGAGUUCAAUUUGCGAAGAAGGGGACACUCGCAGACUAUGUAAGAGGCGACGGAAUCGCCAGAGAACCUGCAGUCUUCCUGACGACUUCGUCCGUUUAAUUAAACGCUUGUUUAAACGUUUCGUACUCAGAAAAAUUUCUUAAGUGAGCUAUUAAAACAGUGAACAAUUAUUGGCUCCAGUCGAAAUUUGAAAAAAGUUGAAAUCAACGAGAACAGCGGUAAUAUUUCGUGGCAAUCGAGAAGACCUAAUGUGUCGAUGAGGUGCAAAGUCUUGGAUUGUCAAGGCAACUCCCCAACAUUCUUACCCAGCGUUAGGCUCGCAAAAAAUCUACGAACUCGGAAAGGGAGUCGACGUGGUAACGUCGCAAAUCGGCUAGAAUUACUAGUUCUGGUUCACUUGCAUCACGUACCGUAGACAGUAAUAUCUAACAGCAUCAAAGGAAUUUCGAGGAAUACUGCUCUUAGAAAAAUUCACCAAUUUUUUAGUUGCGAAAAGAAGCAGGAAAAAGAAUUGUAGUUACUUUCCAUAAGAAGCGAAAGAAAUCAAAAUGGUGCACACUAACAUCAACGAUAUUACCAUUAAAGGACCGUACGAGAAUUUCAAGAAGGAUAAAAGCACGUCGUCGGGCUAUCAACAGCAAUCACAACGACAACAGACGAACAAAAACGACAAGUAUGGCUCUUGGGGACCGGUGUAUAAAAACAAGCAGAAUUUUAUUGAUAUGCAUAUUUGUUAAAUAUAAUUUUUUAAAAUAA